AUGGAGGAAGGAGGGCACCGGCUGGGCAUGGCCAUGGCAGCGGCGGCGGCGGCGGAGGAGGAGGAGGAGGAGGGCGGCGGCGGGGCCGGCUUGCAGCAGCGGGUGCUGAUCAACAUCUCGGGGCUGCGCUUCGAGACGCAGCUGGGCACCCUGAGCCAGUUCCCGGACACGCUGCUGGGCGACCCGGCCAAGCGCAUGCGGUACUUCGACCCGCUGCGCAACGAGUACUUCUUCGACCGCAACCGGCCCAGCUUCGACGGCAUCCUCUACUUCUACCAGUCCGGGGGCAAGCUGCGCCGGCCCGUCAAUGUCUCCAUCGACGUCUUCGCCGACGAGAUCCGCUUCUACCAGCUGGGCCAGGAGGCCAUGGAGCGCUUCCGCGAGGACGAGGGCUUCAUCCAGGAGGAGGAGAAGCCCCUGCCCUGCAACGAGUUCCAGCGCCAGGUCUGGCUCAUCUUCGAGUACCCCGAGAGCUCCAGCUCGGCGCGGGGCAUCGCCAUCGUCUCCGUGCUGGUCAUCCUCAUCUCCAUCAUCACCUUCUGCCUGGAGACCCUGCCCGAGUUCCGCGAUGAGCGGGAGCUGCAGGUGCCCCUGCCCCCGCCCGCCAACGGCACCCUGGGCCGCGAGCCCGUGCCCGCCGCGCAACCCCCCAGCGGCCUGUCGGACCCCUUUUUCAUCGUUGAGACGACAUGCGUGAUCUGGUUCACCUUCGAGCUGCUGGUGCGCUUCUUCGCCUGCCCCAGCAAGCCCGAGUUCUCCAGGAACAUCAUGAACAUCAUCGACAUUGUGGCCAUCAUCCCCUACUUCAUCACGCUGGGCACUGAGCUGGCCCAAGAGCAGCCACAGCCCGGGACUCCUGCCACCAGCAACGGGGGCCAGCAGCAAGCCAUGUCACUGGCCAUCCUCCGUGUCAUCCGCCUGGUCCGGGUCUUCCGGAUCUUCAAGCUCUCCCGGCACUCCAAGGGGCUGCAGAUUCUGGGUCAGACGCUGAAAGCCAGCAUGAGGGAGCUGGGGCUCCUCAUCUUCUUCCUCUUCAUCGGGGUCAUCCUCUUCUCCAGCGCCGUGUACUUUGCUGAGGCCGAUGACCCUGACUCCCACUUUUCCAGCAUCCCUGAUGCGUUCUGGUGGGCGGUGGUGACCAUGACCACAGUGGGCUAUGGGGACAUGAGGCCUGUCACCGUUGGGGGCAAGAUUGUGGGCUCCUUGUGCGCCAUCGCUGGCGUGCUGACCAUAGCCCUGCCCGUGCCUGUCAUUGUGUCCAACUUCAACUACUUCUACCACCGGGAGACUGACCAAGAGGAACAGGCCAUCCUCAAAGAUGAGGCCAGUGGUGCCCAUGGCAGCUCGGCCGAGGGGGAGCUGAAAAGAACCGGCAGUAAAGACUCUCUGAGCAAAUCUGUUGUGCACUUGGAAAACUGUGAAGGGAUCAACAAUGGCACUGGCUCCUUAGAGAAAGCUAAUAUCAAAGCUAAGAGCAACGUAGAUCUCAGAAAAUCGCUGUAUGCGCUCUGCCUGGACACCAGUAGGGAAACAGACCUGUGAGAAAAGGCACGGAGUCAGAGAGACAGCAGGGUUUGCUGGUAUUGGAACCAUUAAUGAUGUUGUUGUUGUUGUUAUUGUUGUUGUAAUUAUAAUUUUGGUACCACUUAGUACAUUAAGUUUGACUAUAUUUUAUAACUGACCACUGGUCUCAACAGACCUCCAAGAAUACAUGUUUUUAUGUUCUUUUUCCAUGACACAAAGGGUCACCUAUUUUUAAAAUAGACUAAGAAUAAGUUACUCUCCAUGAUGCAGGAGCUGGUAAAUUAUUACAGUGCAAAUGUAAUUGGUAGACACUGAUUUUAGCAAACAGUGGCUUUAAAUGGGUCGCAUAACCAAUUCACUUGCUCAAAGUUUAUUAUUAAAGGGUCGGAAAGGUGUGCUUGUGUAUGGAGGGUGAAUGGAUUUUUCCUUUUGGUACUGUAGUUUCAAACUGAAAUUAUCUUGAUAUAUUUUGUAUCUGUAUAACUGUAUUUAUGGGUGAAAGGAGAUUAUUUUUUCCUGUGAAACAUGACUUCAUUAAAGCACUAGAAAUGUUAGCUAUGAUCCACUAUCAGAUUUCUCCUUGUGAUCAGUUCAGAUCUGGUUAUCUAGUUUGUGAAGUGAAUUUGGUGCUUUUACCCCUACAACAGAAAACUUUGCUGUUGAUAAAAUGUUAGUUUCUUGUGAGCCUUAAUUUAUUAAAUAUUGUAGAUAUGUUUCUUUAUAAAUACUUUUAUUAACAAUCUCACUGUUUCACAAUUUUGAAUAAUUCAAUCCUGUGCUUUCUAUCCCAGAAAAAAGUAUGCAGCUUAUUUAUUUUUUGUAGUUUUCUACCAUUGGUGCAUUUGCAGGAUUUUUUAAAUAUUGGAUUUUGUUUACUGUUACUAUUUUUGAUCCAAGUGCACAACAGAUCAAAAACAUUAAGGGGUGGGUGGUAAUAACGUGAAAGCGACUUACUGGUGCAGUAUCUGCAAAAGUUUUUGUUUUUUUAUUUUAUUUACACUCCAAAUUCCUUUAAACACAUGUAUCGGUCACACUGCAGAUCUGUGCUGCUUUUGUAGACGGCUCACUGUUUUUAAUUAUUACACUUUGGAAAAGGAUGGCACAUAAAGAAUCUGACAUCACAUGGCUUUUAGCUUGGACUGAGAUGGAAAGAAUCAUCUUUCACCAAAAUGAGUUCUGUCUUCUUUUUUUUCCCUUUAAUUUCAAUACCAAACCUUUAUAAUGCUAUGGAUUUUACAAUUUACAUAUUCUUGAAUGGCAAAUGGAAAAUUAUCUUCAUCUUGAUAAUAUGGUACUGUAAAGCAACUGUUGUGAAGACUGACAUGAAGCUGAUUCAUUACUUUUAAGUCUGCAUUGUAAAUUUUAUUGCAAAGGAUGCACCUUUUUGCAAAUUCCUUUUGCAUUCCUGAAGGAUAUUUGAUGCCUUUCCUAUGAACAGUGGCACAACAAGAGUAGCAGAUGAUGGAAGAGAAGUCUUUGAUUACCGACAGUCAAGGUUUGUUUUUAUCAAAAUUUAUGAUGCAUUUAAUAUCUUAUGCAAGGAAAUAAAAUAUAUGCACAGAGAUAAGCAUUAAGCAGCCUCACAAAAUGGUCUUUUAACAUUCCAGACACAAAUGUUUGGUCAUCCAUUCUUUACCAUGAUGAUUAAUGACAAGGGGG